UCACCGGGUCACGGGGUUGUGAUUGGUCAAAGCCUCUCCGGUAUGAUGUCUUCCCGGCGUCAUAGAUUUUCCCUUUUUUUGGGUAAGAACUCUGCGCUAAGGUUAGGGUUCGAAGAUCGAACAUUACCUGCUCUUUAGCUCUCUCCACCGCCAUCUCCACCGUUUGCGGAGAAGACAAAAGGUUGUUAAGUGGCGGAGAGUAGCGUUUUUGCUGUAGGUAUCUAAAACACUAGCCAGAUCUGCGACGCUGAAGCAGAAAAUCUCCUCAUGCGGACCUUACAUCGAUGUCCAACAGUUAGCAGAAACGACUAUUGAUCCAUUUCUAAAAUAGUUCGAAGGCUCCUGAAAAGGAAAAUAAUGGACCCCUACUCAGGAGGGAGCUGGAUGAUGAUUCCAAGUGCCUCAAAUCACAAUACUUCAUCAAUAACAUCAAAUCAAGAGCAUUCUCACCUUCAUCAACAAUAUCAUCAUCAGCUGCAGCCGCAGCAGCAACAGCCACAGCGCCAUCAACAACAUCAUCAGCACCAGUCACUGGCUUCUCAUUUUCAUCUCUUGCAUUUGGUAGAGAAUUUAGCUGAAGCGAUUGAAAGUGGCACACGUGAACAGCAUUCAGAUGCUCUGGUAAAUGAAUUAACUAGCCACUUCGAGAAAUGUCAACAAUUAUUGAACUCAAUAUCAGUAUCGAUCAACACAAAGGCCAUGACAGUUGAUGGACAGAAGCGUAAGCUGGAGGAAAGCGAGCAACUCCUAAACCAGAGAAGGGAUCUGAUUUCCAAGUACAGAAGCUCUAUUGAAGAUCUGGUUAAGUCAGACAGAUAAUAGGUGGGUGCAAUGUCAAAUGAAAUGAAUACAGUUGACCAGUUGACAGGUUUAAGGGGAUUUCAAAUGGUCGCAAAUUGAGAAGCUGGAGAUAUAUUUUUGUAGGUUCCACUGUGUCAUUUUUAAGCACCUGGGAUAGACGUGCAAAAUGAACUUAGCAUGCCCCCCUUUUGUAUUUAUUUGUGAGGUUUGUUCUCAUUGUAACCUCUGCUUCAAUUCACUCACCCCUCCCCCUGGUGAUAGGUCGAUGCAAUGUCAAUAAAUGAAUGAUACUGGAAAUCUCAAUGAUGACUAACCGCAUACAGGUUUUAGAGGGGGGGGGGAUCUCAAUGAUGACCUAAGGUCACAAAUUGAGAAACUGGAAAUCUGUUUUUGUAGGUUCCACUUUGUUGGCAAAUAUGAUAUAUGUAUUUUAGUCAUCCAUAGCCACUAUAAUUGUCGAA